UUCAAAAUCUCGCAAAUUGCUUCUGAAUUUGAUCGUCAAGGCUGUAGAUUUUGAUUGAUCCGUUGAUAUCAGCUCAGCAGCAUUUUGUAAAUCGACGAACAUAUCGCGAAGAGGUUGAGUGUCUGUGGUUGCGGCAAUGCCUGAGAGCUAGAACUUGCAGGGGGCGCAUAAAGUUGUCGUUUGUGAUCAGAUCUAAUCACACGCAAUUUUUCUACCUACACCUUUUCUGUCUGUAGCAGACUAAAAUUUGUACUCGCCACAAUGGACCCUUCAUAUUCGUAUUCGAAAAUGGAAUAAUCGUAUUCUAAAGAUUCCUCGGGUGAUGUAAGUAAAUCCUGACUUUUAUUUGGGCUUUGUAGAGCCAAAACACAAUUGCGUUUUAUUAAAUACUUGUGAUAUAUUAGCGAUCCCCUGUAGUGGUGGAAUGAUUCACGCUAGAGCAACCAAAAGUAUCUGGGAAGCUUGGAGCACCUCAAGUCAAACGUUCUAGUUGCAGAAAUAGAGCGCGUAUAAAGAUGACUCAUUUGAACCUCACAUUAAAAGUCCUUGACGGUGUCGACUGCCACCGCGACAAUAAAAUUUUUAGGCGUCACCCGAAUGAGGUCGCUAUCUACCGUACCUGCUCGAUGUGCAAGGGUAGUGAAUUUUCAUGUAAAAAGGAUAUCAGCCGACGAAGCGUCGCGCAGCCCAACGCGCACUUCACUCGUGAGUGGAGGUCAGCUUCCUUCCAAGUUAAGACUUGUUUGAUAGAUGACUUAUGGGUUUGAUUAGGGCUAUAGACAACACGAACGGAAGGCGUGGGAGAGUGC